CCUGAACGGUGCCGCGACUGCCGACGCGCCGCGUCGGCGUCCCUCGGUCAACAAGCUCGUUAUCGGGCCGGCUUUGUUUGUCUCGCGUUCAAGUCACGUCGCGGGGAAUCCAGCGAGGCUCUCGGUGAGGCGGAGUCAUGAGCGGCAACACGAAGCGGACCAUCUACGUAGGUGGUUUGGCCGAGGAGGUCGACGAGAAGGUGUUGCACGCGGCGUUUAUACCCUUCGGCGAAAUUGUCGACGUCCAGAUACCGUUGGACUACGAGUCUGAAAAGCACCGAGGGUUUGCGUUCAUUGAAUUCGAGGCAGCGGAGGACGCGGCCGCGGCCAUAGAUAACAUGAACGACUCGGAGCUGUUUGGCCGGACAAUAAGGGUAAACAUCGCUAAGCCGCAGAAGAUAAAGGAAGGCUCGUCGAAGCCGGUAUGGGCGGACGACACUUGGCUGCAAGAGCACGCGGGCGAGACGUUGAAAAAUGACGACAGCGCCAAGACGAGCGAUGUUGCGCAAUCGAAGAAGACUAAGCAGAAUCCGCAGGUUUACUUUGACAUAAGCAUAGGGAAGCAGGAAUUGGGCAGAAUUAUCAUGAUGUUACGAGCAGACAUUGUGCCGAAGACCGCGGAGAACUUUCGGGCACUUUGUACGCACGAAAAGGGAUACGGAUACCAGGGUAGCACCUUUCACAGGAUCAUUCCAGAUUUCAUGUGUCAAGGAGGUGAUUUUACGAAUCACAAUGGCACAGGUGGGAAGUCAAUCUACGGCAACAAGUUCGACGACGAGAAUUUUGAAUUAAAGCACACGGGGCCGGGGACUCUGUCAAUGGCCAAUUCCGGCCCGAAUACAAACGGCUCGCAAUUCUUCUUGGGCACAGCUAGGACGGACUGGCUGGAUGGAAAACACGUUGUCUUCGGACACGUCCUCAGUGGCUUGGAUGUACUUAGGAAGGUCGAAAAGUGCGGGACGAAGGCAGGCACGCCGACACAAAAGGUCGUCAUAACUGCCUGUGGAGAACUAGUAUAACUAUUUGUAUGUAUAUAAGGUGUUUCGUAAUAAAUCGGAGCUUGCAAAAGAA